CCGCCGGGCUCUCUGCCCUCUUCCAGCCGUGGCCGGCACCCCUCCAAACCGCAGCGCUGGCAUCGUUGAACUCAUUCACGGAAGAGUGGGCCAAUCCGGCGGAGCCGCCGGGAGAUCAUGUCUCCCGUCCAGCGCCGAUCGAUGCAGGCGACAUCAGCUCGCUGACGCGGCGGGCCGCCGGCGACAUUGACUGGCGCACGUUCACUCCGCUCGCUCGCAUCGACGCUCUCAUUGACGCCAUCGGUCCUCGAGGCAUGGAUCGGGUCGCCGACCUCCUCACCAAUGGCACCGGGUCCGCCUCCCUCGACCUGCGCUGGGUGCCACCGCUCUCACUCCCGCUGCUCCCCGGCCUCCGGCUGCGCGUCGAGUUUUCGAGCGCGAUCGUCGCCGGCCUCGACACCCUCUCCGACAUCGCGCUGCUGCGGCCGAACGCCUCGGACUCGACGCGGCUCAGCUCCUCCCUCGCCGCUCGCCGCGCCGACGCGACUCUGCGCCUUUGCCUGCGGGCGGAGCGGAGCGAGGCGCGGCCGGCCCCGAGCAAGAGAGAGCGGCAGCGCGCCGCUUCGUGGGCCUCCGCCCCGCCGCUCCCGCUCACGCUCCACGCGACACUCGGCCAGCUCUCCGGCUCAAUCAGCGGCCGACUCGCCGUCGCCGCCGCCGCCGCAGGAGGGCUAACCAUCUCUCAGCUGGCAGGCCCGCGCGGCACGCCCGCCGCGUGCCUCGCCCGCGCCGUCGGGAACGAAACCUCGCUGCUCUCGGCGGGCGCCUCCGCGCGCCUCCUCGCGCUGCGUGUGGAGGGCAGCGGCGCCUCCGCUCCGCUG